AUGGGAAAUCGUGAGUCGGCAAACAACGAUGCUGAGGGCGUUAAAAAACAAAAAGAUGAAGAUGUGUCAAAAGCUAUUUACAAACUAGUCGGCUUACACGGUGACGGUGAAUUGAUUCCAUGGAUGCGGUUUGCAGAAUCUACUGAUGAAUACUCGAACCUUGAUGUUCUUAUCGACACCAAGGUAAAAGACCUGAUGUACAAUUCGGGUAAGGGUCAAUACAUGGCUAAAUCAGAACUUAUCAAAAUUAGAAACAAAGAAAGGAAUGAAAGACUAAGCGUAAUUAAUCGAAAAAAGGGUAAAGGAAAAAGUGGUCCAAAUAUCCUCGCAGAUUUUAAUCAAGAGGGCGCCAAUCAGGGAGAUAUUAACAAAGCCUUGAAACUGUUGGAUGGCGGUGGGAAAGGCGGCAAAGGAGGUAACUAUCGCAAUAUUGCGUGGAAAUUAGAAGAACGUGGAUCUAUGGGAGAAACACUGGUCGGUGUUUGCUUACUGCAAGGCACCAAGGCUCAUAAUAGUUUGGCUAAACGACUGAUGCAAAAAUUCCCACUUCUGGUUCAGGAUAUUUUCGUUAGCGAAGAUUAUUAUGGUCUAACACCUCUUCAUCAGGCUGUUAUUAAUGAGGACCCUCAAAUGGUAAAUUUUCUUUUACAAAAUGGUGCAGAUGUGCACGAGCGUUGCUUUGGAGCCAGAUUUUGUCCAGAGGAUCAAGUUAGCAGUCGUACUGAUUCAUUGGAACACGAAUACGUUGAAUUAAGCCCUAAGACUUCAUAUGUUGGAAGAAUGUAUUUUGGGGAAUAUCCGUUAUCGUUUGCGGUUUGUAUAAAUCAAGUUGACUGCUAUCGUCUUUUGAUCAGCAAGAAGGCGGAUCCAAAUGCCAAAGACACAAAUGGAAAUACCGUUCUUCACUUAGCAGUGAUUCACGAAAAACCGGAAAUGCUUAGACUGGCAUACAAUACAGGAGGAAAAUUACAUAUUAUGAACAACCAAAAUUUGACUCCAUUAACUCUUGCUGCCUGUUUAGCAAAAAAAAAGAUGUUUGAAGAAAUCUUAAAGUUGGAAUCAGAUGUAGUUUGGCUUUACGGAGAUGCCAGUAGUCACGCAUAUCCGCUUGCGAAUAUUGACACAAUCAAUCAAAAAACUGGCGAACUUAAUGAAGAUAGUGCUUUGUCGUUAAUUGUUUACGGUGGGACUACACAACAUUUAGACUUACUUGAUGGUUUAUUAGAAGAUUUACUGCAAGCAAAAUGGGAAGCGUUUGGAAGAAAGAGAAAAUUUGAAAAGUUAAAGAUUUUCAAAGAAAAGUCAAGGCAAGAAGAUUUUCAGAAAGCAUUUCCUGCAAAGAUCGUCUAUAAAUCUUCAUUUAUCAUCGUAUUACUGAUCAUUCCAGUACGCUUCAGCUGCGGUUUGAGUCCAGUAUUUUUGUUGUUUGACAAUAUCCUCUCGUUAAUUGCAGUUCUUUUCACCGGGGCACACUUCCUGUUCUACGCUAGGGCUUUGAAAUUCAUUGGACCUUUUGUAUUAAUGAUAUACACUAUUCUCUCGAGAGAUCUCAGUCGGUUUUUCCUAAUAUACUUUAUUUUCCUGAUGGGAUUCUCACAAGCAUUCUACCUGAUAUUCGGAUCUUGUACAAGGGCGAAAUCACUUAAAGAGGGGAUACCUAUAGCCGAAAUACCUAACAUAAUGGAUAGUCCUCUUGAAGCUACUAUUCGCCUGUUUAUCAUGACUAUUGGGGAAUUUACAGUACUGUAUAGGGAACUAAACGGUUGUGCAGAAAAUCUUAUGCAGGUUAUAGGAAAGAUUCUAUUCAUAAUGUUCGAAAUUUUCAUAAGUAUUAUGCAGUUCAACUUACUUAUUGCAAUGAUGACACGUACCUAUGAAAAGAUAUCAGGGACGCAAAAAGAGUGGAAGAGACAGUGGGCUCAAGUAAUCCUAAUGCUGGAACUCUCAUUAAAACCUAAAGAACGUUUGACGGCACUUUUAAAGUAUUCAAGACCAAUUGGUACAGAAAAGGAAAGAAGAGCAUUUGUGAUUGUGCGGAAAAUUCCAGUAAAUAAAUUUUCUCUCUGUACAAACAAGUCAUUUUUCUUUUACUAUCAAAGGCAUUUAACUUAA